GAUUCAGUCAGCAAUUUUGCGUUCACAGCACCAUAAUCGACUGACUUCUGAGCCUAACGAUGCGUGUGAGCUACGUCUUCCUGGUGGCAGCGACCACUCUCCUCGCUACCUGCGACGUUAUGGCGGCUAGUCCGAGCGCGUUGUCCAAGACGUCCGUCGACGCGGUUAACGGCCACGUCGACAUCAGCACGCGAUCGCUGCGAAUGCUAAAGAAGAAGACGGCAGCGGUUGACCCCGACGAUGAAGAGAGGGUGGCUGAAGCGAGACAAAUGGACUCGGAGAUCCUCGAAAAAAUUGUCAAUGACCACGCGUACGCCAAGCAGGUUUACCGUAGCUGGCUGCAGAAUGGCCAAACCAAGGAAGACAUUGAGAACCGACUGAAGACUCUGGGCCUGCUCACCAAGUACGGCAAUGUCGUCAAGCAGUACGGUCAGUACUUGACGAAUCUCGAAGAACGAUCUGUCUAAUCAGCUCGAGGAUAGAAGGCGGAAAUGUACAAGCAUUUAACAGCUCAUCAAAACAACUUUGACAAGUCGCUACCAGGUAGCGUGUCCAGAACAAGGCGAAGAUACCGCACUGACGAAAUUUUCUCCAUAAAAUACU